ACAAUCAACUCAAUCAUUGUUCAUCGACAUCUUUAACUGUUAAUUUGUAUUUGCCUUUGUGGUUAAAACUUAACUCGCUUUGUGGUUGAAAAUGCUCUCGACAAGUCUAAUUAUUUCCCUUGUUUCACUGGUUUCCCUUGUAAACGCUAACCUUCACAAUAUCGUUUACUCGACCGAUUCCAAAUCGAAAAUUGUUUAUGUUUCCGUCGACGAUUCAGCCACAAGUUUGGAGAAAGCAAUUGUAAACUGUUCAGUUUUUAGUGAACCAGAUGCUGUAAAUGGAGUUUUGUCUUCGACUACUGAUCCUGUUAUUCCGAUUGACGAAGAUUCCUUCAAUACUUUGGUUAAAACAUGCAAUGGCCUUAAACCAAGCUCAAUCUUAUCACUAGAACCACUUACUAACAUAUUUGAUCUGGCAAGUGAUCUGUUGAUUGCUCCUGGAACCAAAUAUUGUGGACCUGGAAAUCGCUCAUCGAGUUACGAUGAUUUAGGUCGUAGGGUUGAGCUUGACAAAUGUUGUCGUGCCCAUGAUAACUGUCCAAUGUCUAUCGGGGGUUUCCAAUCAAAAUAUGGUUUGACAAACCCACAAGCUUAUACAAGUUCUCGCUGUGAUUGCGAUAGAGAACUCAAAAGUUGCCUGAAAAAAGCCAGUGAAACUGAUGUUGAAGCUACUUUAACUGGAGUAAUUUACUUCAAUAUUUUGAAAACCAAGUGUUUUCAACAAGUUGAACCUGAAGGCCAGUGCCUUGAAUACUCUGGAUUGCUUAUAAAAAAAUGUGAGAAGCGUGCUGAGCCUAAUGCAACUGAACCCGUCUACCAGUUUCAAACUUCUGGACUUUUCCCUUAAAACUUCAUAUGUUUACACGAAUUAAGUAUCAAUGUUUAGAGGUCUUAAAAUGGUCAACAUUUUACUUAAACGUAUUUACUAAUAAUAAAUUAUACAACUCUCCUCGUGGCUCAUUGAUUUACAUUCAUCACAAACUUAUUAUAUUGUUAAUGAAUAUUUUUUGAGCGCAAACUAAAAAUGUGAAAAACAUCUUUUCAGAUUGUUGAAUAACAUUUAAUGCUGCAACAUCAUGAACAGAAGAUAUAAAACUUUAUUAACAUGUA